AUGACACCCCUUCAAAUGGAGAUAAGACUUUCUUAUCUGAAAUUAGUCCGCAACCAGGACCCGGACUGCGUUUUCGGCAUUAGUUCGAACCAGACAGUCGUGGCAGAGAGACUACUAAAGUUAAAGUUUUUGAUCCCUAAAAACAUGGAACGUAAUACUGAAAUAAGUUCAAGUGAAGAUGAGUUCAAUUUCACGGUGCUUGACGAGGAAAUUACGUCUCUACACAGAGAGCUUGACGAUACAGCGAAUAACAGCAGUAGUGACGAUAGUGACGAAGUAAGAGGUGUAAGAAGGCGAAAGAUCAGAGUAAUAGACAGUGAAUGUGACAGCGAUACUGAUACUACAGAAGACUCACAAUCGGACAGUUCUGAAUGGAUUAGUUGCACUGAAUCUGAAGAAAUACCGUCAAGAAUACCAUUCAUAGCCGGCGACACUACUGCAGGACCGCACGUACCACCAGAUAAGAAAGAACCAUUGGAUUUUUUAAAUCUCUUUGUUACUAAUGAACUGGUGAAUGAAAUAGUUAUUGAAACUAAUAAUUAUGCUACAAAAAAGUUAGAAGGAAAGACAUUAUCACCGUACUCGAUAUGGCGAAAUUGGCGGAAUGUAACUAUCGAAGAAAUGUGGGCAUUUAUUGGUGUUAUAAUAAAUAUGGGGACAAUGCCGUUGGCAUAUUUACAAGAAUAUUGGUCACGCAAUGAUGUCAGCUACAUUCCUUUUUAUUCGAACAAGUUCAGAAGAGAUAGAUUCAAUCAGAUUUUUUGGAUGCUUCAUCUAAAGACAAUCCAAAGACAAGAUGCAGGACCACGAACACGCUUACAGCUAGUUGGCUGUUUCCUUGAUUAUAUAAAUUCAAAAUUUUUAAAGUAUUUUACACCGGGAAGAGAAAUUUGUGUGGAUGAAUCUACGAUCAAGUUCAAAGGUCGGAUCUCCUUUAUUACUUACAAUCCCAAGAAACCAACCAAAUGGGGUAUUAGAGUUUAUACGAUGGCAGACUCAAGUACCGGUUACAUCUGUGGCAUUCUUCCUUAUUAUGGAAGUUUGACAACGGACAAGUUGAUAAGGACCGACCUUCCGGUAUCAACGAGAAUACUAUUGCAUCUUUAUACAAUGCUGCUGGAAAAAAUACCUGGUGCUCAAGGAUAUCAUAUGUUCACUGAUCGUUAUUAUACGAGCUAUAUCUUGGCUGAAGAAUUAUUGAAAUUGAAAUGCCACCUCACAGGAACUAUCUUAACAAACUUAAUUUUAUAA